CCGCUUCCCGCCCCCGAGCGGAGCCGGUGCGGAGCGGAGCCGGUACGGAGCGAAGCCUAGGCGGCUGAGUGGCCGCCGCGCUCCCGCCAUGGCCCGGAACACACUGUCCUCACGCUUCCGCCGAGUGGAUAUCGACGAAUUUGACGAGAACAAAUUUGUAGACGAGCACGAAGAGGCAGCAGCGGCGGCGGGCGAGCCAGGCCCCGACCCCUGCGAGGUAGACGGGCUCCUGCGGCAAGGAGACAUGCUUCGGGCGUUCCAUGCAGCCUUGCGGAACUCUCCAAUCAACACCAAGAAUCAAGCUGUGAAGGAACGAGCCCAGGGUGUAGUCCUGAAAGUACUCACAAACUUUAAGAGCAGCGAAAUUGAGCAGGCUGUGCAGUCACUGGACAGAAAUGGCAUUGACUUGCUAAUGAAGUACAUUUAUAAAGGGUUUGAGAAGCCCACAGAAAAUAGCAGUGCAGUGUUACUCCAGUGGCAUGAAAAGGCCUUAGCUGUAGGAGGACUAGGCUCCAUUAUAAGAGUUCUUACAGCAAGAAAGACUGUUUAAAAAAAAAAAAAAAGAAUCCUGUUACCUUGAGAAGAAUUUUGGAUGCCCAGGCUGGUGAAGAAGGGACUGACAGUGGACCAUCUUCCUAGAACUCCCAUCUAAAUACUUCAGGACACAUCUGCUGGAAUGUAUUUUACUUUUGAGGUGGAGGGAGAUAUUGUCUUAUUGAUUCCUAAAUUCCUGCCUUUGUCUACAGAGUAACACAGAACCAACACUUGACUAUCAGGCUAUGUCAGGUGUACCUGUGAGCACUGUCUGUUUGUUUGAAAUGGGGAGGGACUAUUUGGGCAGGUGCAGAUCCAAGGGCUGUGGUGAAAAGGAGAGAGCUUGGGUUCUGAAGUGGAAAAAACCUGAGAGUUUGUACAGACAUCCUGUCUUCUCAGAGAAGAUGGGCUCUCUUGGGUUCAUUGUAAAGUGCCUGCUGCAUCAAUAAAGCUCUUGGCUUAUUAGUCUAUUCAUUGCUGUGUGUUCUCUGUAUGUUAAAUGGUAAAGAAAGGGAUAGUAAUGGAUGAUGAUAGUUUGGUUUGGAAAGCUGAUGUGAAAGGGGUACAGGUGUCUCUGUCCUGCCAUCCCUUGGGGAGAGGGAGAGCAAGCAAGGCUAUGCCACAGCUAUGCCAUACUUCAGCUACAGUGGUGCUGGAUGCUACCGAGAGACAUUUUGCUGAGUGUUUAUUUUUCUUACUAUUUUGAUUUGUAUGUAAUUUUGGAGCUUAUUUAAUAAAGUGCCAAACCUUUAAUGAU